CAUACCGACACUGGCCGUCGCAACCGAAGGACUUACCAACUUUCUUACUUUCUUCCGACCGACAUCAUGAGGCAAUGGGUAUUAUGCUUAUGUGCGCUAACGGUGGUGGCCUCCUGCACGGCACAACAGAACCAACAGUUUGUCAACCGAUACGACAACUUCAAUCCUGACUCAAUUAUACAAAAUGAAAGAAUCCUUCUCGCUUAUUAUAAGUGCGUCAUGGAAAAAGGUCCAUGUACAAAGGACGGCAAGAAUUUCAAACGUUUAUUGCCAGAAACAUUAACGACAGCAUGUGGACGUUGCUCGGUUAAACAAAAGGCUGUAGUUCGCAAGCUACUCCUCGGAAUCAGAGCUAAGAGUGAACCAAGAUUUCUCGAACUUCUUGACAAAUAUGAUCCAACGCAAGCGAAUCGGGAGGCACUUUAUAGUUUUUUAGUUACGGGAAUUUAGAAUAAGUUAUGCUAUAAUUAAAUGGUAGGAUAAAAGAUAAAAGAUAUUUUAAUAUUAAUAUGGCGCUAGAGACCAUCAAAUGUUUAUGUAUGAACGAAAUGAUUAUACUUAUAAUUAAUACUUUUUAUGUCAUACUUUUUGUUCUUGACAUGCAUGCUUAUAGAACUUGUGAUAAUUGUUAUCUAAACUAAAAUGGUGAACAAAAUCGUAAGGUAUUUAAUUUAUUUGUAAUUUGAAGCGUGCAUUUUUAUUUAUUUAUAGUUAAAAUAAAUUACAACGAAAACAAUUAUUAUAUUCUUAGAUCUUGAGGAUAAUUGAUUAAUAUACUCAUAAUUUUGAAUACGUAA